GCUUGCGGCGGCCCGGCACGGCGGGGCUGUAGGAGAGCGGAGCGGAGAGACAGAGGGUGCCCCCCCAGCGCCAUGAGGACCCUCGUGCUGUGCCUGACCUUGGCUGGAGUUGGGGCUUUGCUGCCCUGUCCUGGGGGGCAGCCCUGCCCCCCCACCCCGGUGCUGUCCCCCCAAGCCAGCUGCCCGCUGCCAGAGGAUGUCCCCUGUGCUGGCAGCCACCACUGCUGUCCCCGAGGGUCCCACUGCAGCCCCGAUGGCCAAUCCUGCCUUGUGUCCCCAGCCCCCCGUGCCAUCCCCUGUCCCGACGGGCAGUCCGAGUGUCCCGAUGAUGCCACCUGCUGUGUGACAGCCAGCGGGGCCUGGGGGUGCUGCCCCAUGCCCCAGGCCUCGUGCUGUGCUGACAAGGUGCACUGCUGUCCCCACGACACCAUCUGUGACCUGGCCCACGAGCGCUGCCUGUCCCUCACGGGUGACAAUGGCACUGCCACCCCCCUGGGCACCAUCUUCCCCUCCUGGAAGCGUCAGCCCCCAGCCCCAGUGGCCCUGGGGAAGGUGCCGUGUCCCGAUGGCCGCUCAGCCUGUCCUGAGGGUGCCACCUGCUGUCACCUCCCCUCGGAGCAGUAUGGCUGCUGUCCCCUGCAGAACGCUGUGUGCUGCAGUGACGGCCAGCACUGCUGUCCCCAAGGCACAGCGUGUGACCUGGAGCACUCCACCUGCACCUCCACGGGGACCCCCACGCCCCUGCCCAAAGCUGGGGACGUGAAGUGUGACGAUCAGACGAGCUGUCCCGACGGGAGCACAUGCUGCCGGCUCAGCACCGGGGCCUGGGGGUGCUGCCCCCUCGAGCAGGCCGUCUGCUGCCCCGACCACGUGCACUGUUGUCCCCAGGGCUACAUCUGUGACCCCGCGGGGGGCAGCUGCCUGCAGCAGGGGGGGGGGCGCCGGCCCUGGCUGCGCAAGAUCCCGGCGGUGACCCGGGGGGGGGACGUGAAGUGUGACGAGAAAAUGUCGUGUCCCCAGGGCAGCACGUGCUGCCAGCUCAGCUCGGGGGCCUGGGGGUGCUGCCCCCUCGAGCAGGCCACUUGCUGCCGGGACCACCUGCACUGCUGCCCCCGGGGCUACACCUGCAACCUGGCCGAGGGGAGCUGCGAGAAGCUGCUGACCCCCACCCUGCUGCUGCCGGCCCCCCCGCCAGCCCCUCGCCCACCCCCUGCCCGCCUCCCCGCCUCCCUGCGAACCCCCAACUCCCCCUAUCCCUCCCCCGUGCCCUGCGAUGCUGCCCACGCCUGUCCCAAGGGGCAGCGGUGCUGCCACGGCCGGGGGACAUCCUGGGGGUGCUGCCCCUUCAUCCAGGGUUCCUGCUGCCCUGACGGCCGCCACUGCUGCCCCAAAUGGGCUCGCUGCACUGCGAGGGGCUGGGGGUGCAGCCCCCAGCGCUGGGACCUGCCCCCCCCCCUCAAGGAGCUGCUCUAAGGCCCACAGGCACACACACAGACA